UGGGCAGCUGGGCAGCUGAGGCGCUGCGUUGGAGAAGUCCCACACGCGUCUGCGGCCCCGGCUCCGCCACUCUCCGCCUCUCGCAGCCCAGUCUCCGUGCCGGGCGCUAGCCCAGGGAACCGGAGCACACCCGUGGCGGCUUCCGACACCGCCCUCCCUCCCUUCCCAGCCGCGGGCCUUCGUAGGUACUAGGCGACUCUGCGGGGAGGCGGCGGCGACGGCUGCCCGUCCGUGAAGGCGUCUUGCCCUCCAGCUUUGCUCCGCCGCCGGGCCCUGCAGGGGCCGAGUAGAGCUCGGCUCCUGCCCUUCUCGUCCUUUUCGUCUGCCGGUUGGAGCGGCGUCGGUCCGGGAGGUCUCUGGACUGAGGCGGCGGCAGCUCCUCCGGCUCCAUCAUGUCUGCGGGCGGAGACUUCGGGAAUCCGCUGAGGAAAUUCAAGCUGGUGUUCCUGGGGGAGCAGAGCGUUGGAAAGACAUCGUUGAUCACCAGAUUCAUGUAUGACAGUUUUGACAACACCUAUCAGGCAACAAUUGGCAUUGACUUUUUAUCAAAAACAAUGUACUUGGAAGAUCGAACAAUCAGGCUGCAGCUGUGGGAUACUGCGGGUCAGGAACGUUUCCGUAGCCUCAUUCCCAGUUACAUCCGCGAUUCUGCUGCAGCUGUAGUAGUUUACGAUAUCACAAAUGUUAACUCAUUCCAGCAAACUACAAAAUGGAUUGAUGAUGUCAGAACAGAAAGAGGAAGUGAUGUUAUCAUCAUGUUAGUAGGCAAUAAAACAGAUCUUGCUGACAAAAGGCAAGUGUCAAUUGAGGAGGGAGAGCGGAAAGCCAAAGAGCUCAAUGUCAUGUUCAUCGAAACGAGUGCAAAAGCAGGAUAUAAUGUGAAGCAGCUCUUUCGACGUGUUGCAGCAGCAUUGCCUGGAAUGGAAAGCACACAGGACAGAGGCAAAGAAGACAUGAUUGACAUAAAACUGGAAAAGCCUCCGGAGCAACCUGUCAGCGAAGGAGGCUGUUCCUGCUAAUCUCCCAUGGUAUCUUCAGCCUUCUCUAGAAGCUCACUGCUUUGCCCCCCAACCCCCGUACUCUUUCAUUGACUGCAGUGUGAAUAUUGGCUUAAACCUUUUCCCUUCAAUAAUAACGUAUUGCAAUUCAUCAUUGCUGCCUGUCUCGUGGAGAUGAUCUAUUAGCUUCACAAGCACAAAAAAAAGUCAGUGUCUUCAUUAUUUGUAUUUCACAAAAAGCCAAAAGAUUUCAGCGUAUUCCAGUGAUAACUUUAAAAAUUAGAUGCGGUUUCUUAACAUUUUUUUCCUUUUUUAAUGUUAUGAUAAUGUAUUUCAAAAUGAUGGACAUCUUAAUAGUAUAAAUGUGGCAUGUGGCUUGGUUGACGAACAACACGCUCAUAACAGCACUUGCCUACCUACUUGAUAUCUCCCUGCCUUUUUUCACCUAAGCCAUUCCUUUGGUACGCCCUAUUCUCACCUUCCCUUCCUCAAAACAAACUGGUAGCCGAAGCAGCAGUAAGACCAGGCUGUCUGAAUUAUCCUUCAAUUUUAGGAUUUCCACUUUUUUUAGGCCUUCAGGGCCAAAGUGUGCAAAAUAAUUCUUGAGCACUGAUAGAAAUUACUAAGACCCCCUUACAGGUCAGAACUCCGCUAUCAUGGUGGUUAGUGCUUGAAUAAGGGUUCUAAUGUCUGAUGCAUCUUCAAAAUGAGUCCUACUGAACAUAUUAAGGACUCACCUGUAGGGGAACAUAGAACGUCUUUCUAACCAAAACAAAUGACCCUUUCACAUGUGCUUUAUUAGACUCUAGGAGAGAGAUGUGAACAAAUGCCUCAGAAUAGGUUUUUAAUAUUGAAUUCUUUAUUGUGAAAAAUCACAAAGUUCUAAGAAACUCUUUCUCCCAAGAAAAGCCUUUUAGAGUAAUAGGUUUCUCUUGGGUUUUCUCUCUUUAAAAAAAAAAGAAAGAAAGAAAAUGCUGUGCAUGUGCCUAGCAUUAAGUAAAAUUCCUUUAAAAAGAGCUAGUUGAAGAAUUCUAGUUUGGCACCAUGUUCAAAACUACUAUAACCAGUAGAGACCAUGGUUAUCUAAAAGCUCACCAACAAAAGAAUCCUUCAGAGAAUAGCAGAUACUUUACUCAGGACAUUUAAGGUCAAAUUGAAGAAUGAACGAAAACAUCUUAAAUUGAAGAAGGAAACUUUUUCCAGAAGCCCUUUGGGCAGAUCUGAAAGCAUGCAUAGAAGAGAGGAAGGAGAGAAUGGAAAUUAAACUUAAUAUUAUGCACAUUUAUGCCUUACUUUUAGCUUUUUUUUUUUUUUAAUGUUGGGUUGCUCAGGCUGGUUUUGCUUUUUAUUAGAUCUGUAUAGUUUGAUAAAUUAACUGGUGAUUCAGUUUUAUAUUUAAGCUACAAUUAAUUUUUUUUCCUUUGGUGAUAUUUAUUUUUCUGCUUUUAAAAAAAUAACUUUUCAGGUUAUGGACAUUAUGUUGAAUAUUUAGAGCUUGAUCACCUUGGCAAUAUGUAUUUCCCUUGAAACACUGCAAACACAUGUACUGGGCGUGCACCCUUUUAACCUUUACUAGUUAUCGUGAGGUUGCUGUGUAAGUUAAUAAACAUAUUUGUAAAUACAUUGUUUGCAGGAAGAAAAUUUCUGAGCAUCAGCUCAGGGAAACCCUGCUAAAUUUAUGUUGUAAGCAUUACUUACCACAGUAUAGAGGUGAAAAGAUAACAAAACUAUCUUUGUACUUCCUCAUCUCCUCAUUGCAACAAAGCCCUUUAACUGGGAACCUUAUUCCCUCCCUUUCGUCUUCCUCUUCCACUUUCCACUUAUUGUCACCUUGUAAUAUUCAGAGAGCACUUGGAUUAUUGUUCUGAAUCGAGAAAUGCUUUCAGAUACUCCUUGGCCACAUACUAGUAACUUAUGCUCAAAGACAGGAUGGAGUUGUCAAGUGCUUUUAUAAUGCAAUCCUAUUGUUAAAGGCAAGGGUUGACUCUUUUGUUUUAUUUUGACAUGGCAUGUCCUGAAAUAAAUAUCAAUUCAAUAUGG